GCCAUGGUAUAUAUAUCCCGCAUCAGUGCAGCCGUAUACAGUAAACUGCGCCAUGGAGACGGUAUCAACAGUAAUAGUCAUCGGUCUUGUGUCGUUGUGUGGUGUCAGUGUCGUACAUGCUGACACCAGUUUGACAGCUUUCAAUGGCCGACUGAACCUACUAGAGGGAGAGAUCAACGCAUGGAAACAUACAGCUGUUAAUCUUGAGACUAAAAUGAAUCAUAAAGUUAGCACGUUGGGGUCAUCACUGAAAGAGAAUCUGACUAGCACGUUCAUUCCUGCCUUGAUGGAGGGUCUAGUGAAACAAGCGAUAACUGACAUCCUGAAAAAAGGUUACAUUGAAGAUAUGAUUAGCGGACGUGUUCUGGACGAAGUCAACAGCCUGAAGGCAAGUAUACACAACACAAAGACACAACUUCAGGCAGUAACACAACAGUUCAGACACGUUGAACGGGAGAGAGACACUUUCAAAGAGAGUAAUGUAAAACUACGUGACGAGCUGACCCACGACAUCCAUAGUUUACAGCUGCAGCUGAAUGAGACGGAAGCUGGUCUUCAUGAUGCAAAGAUUGUGAACACUGUUCUCAGACAGGAUCUGAUGACACUGAAUACAAGUUGUGUGAAGAUGAGUCAAGCGCUUGAACGACUGAACAAUGAUAACCAAUCAUGCAGGGUGGGCUUGCGGCGAAUGCAGCAAAAGUUCAGUACUGACAUUCAGAGUUUAAACAAUCAAUUAAAUCAGACCAUUGAUGAUCUGCAUGACUCAAAGCAAAGAAUCACUGUUCUUACGGAGGACAUGAUGGCACUGAAUACAAGCUGUGUGAUGAGAGAAGAGAUUGAAGAGAACGAUGUUAAUGAAACGUCGCUGUCUACAUCCUCGUUGACGCAAGUGCCAUCCACCACAUCGCCCCCUAUGUUUCCUGGUGCUGCAGGAGCCUCGAACGACUCGAGUCAGGGAGAAAGGGCUGCACAGAUGACGACAGUGACGACCCAUGCCUCGAGCGACCCGAGUCGGACCACGAGGACAGCAGUGACGACCACAAAAAAGCCUGCUACACAGGGUAGGUGGGAGAACCCAGCAGCGACUCCAUCACCAGCAGACUGCAAGGACCUCAUUGACGCCAGCGAUGCCGGGAACCUGGAGGAGGUGAAGCGGCUCCUGUCUCGGGGCGUGGACGUCGAUUGUAGGUGGGGAGAGGGGAGCGAGACACCGGUGAUGAGGGCAGCAUACGAGGGACACAGAGACGUGGUGGAGCUCCUGGUGAGUGAAGGGGCCGAUGUGUCACUGGUGGACAGGUACGGUCGCAACACCCUUCACUUCGCCAGUUAUGGAGGAUACUUGGAGACGGUGAAGUUUGUGCUGUCUCUGCACGUGGUGGACAUCGACGCCAGGAACAACUUCGGGUGGACGGCGGCCUCCCUGGCGAGAUCCGGGGGACGUACGCGAGUGGUGGAUCUCCUCGUGUCCCGCGGCGCUCAGUGACGUCAGUGUCGUGUUUGUGUGGACAGUGGGGGGAGACCUGACAGUGACGUGGUGUGCCGUUCACGUCGUCGUGUGUACAUAUGUCUUUAUUUACGUGAAACUGUUUGUUGUUUUUGGAGAUGAAUAAAACUUGUAAAAACUU